AUGAUAAGCAUUGUGAAUUCAGUGGAAGAACCACGUGAACCUCGUAUACCUCCGACUGUCUCGAACCGUAAGAAGAGGAAGGAAUUAUCCGAUAGAGGCAAGGGCAUAGCAGUCACGACCAAGAAAAAGACCACGACCAAGAAGAAGUCUGGAGAGGGUUCUUCGUCAACGAAUCCGGUGCCGGCUCUACCUUCGACUGUAGAAGUUGGUGAUUCGAGCAACGAACCGGUCCGAGGUCCCGAGAUACCGGAAUUGUACACAAAAUUUGAUAAGCACAUUGCUUAUCAUAUUGUGAACGGAGGGCCAGAUCGCUCGGAGCGCGGCUCAGAAUUUCGAAUUCGAAAUCACACAGGAACAUUGAAAGGUUGGGAGCCGGCGCCGUUUAUUACAGAGGUAGUACAAAGAUGUGGAUUAAUGUCAGUUGUACAAGCAUCGUACAACACUGUGGACGGCCAUCUACUUAGAGCCUUCAUAGAGAGAUGGCAGCCAGCUACCAACACAUUUCACUUACCUGUUGGAGAGAUGACCAUCACACUUGACGAUGUAAGUACGUUGGUCGGUUUGCCAGUUGUUGGGCGUACCGUAUCUUGCGAGCGUUUGAUCCGUGAUUCCAAAACGAAGUCCAGUAGUUUGAUGUUCGAGUUGCUAGGUGAGUACCCGGACGAUGUAAACAAGAAGAAAGCGGUGAAGUUGGAAUGGUUGAAGGCUAAAUUUAGCAAAGUGACCAUGAGAGAUAGUGCGGAGAAGAGGACAUACGCCAUUCGGGCGUAUUUGUUAUUUUUGCUCGGGUGUACUAUACUGUGCGACAAGACAGGCAACAUGGUAAGCGUGAAGUAUCUAAAUCUUGUAUCUGAUUUGGAUCGGAUCGGCGAGUAUGCUUGGGGCACUGCAUGUCUUUGCCGGUUGUACGAUGAGCUUUCCUCAGCCUCACAAAAAUCAACGAACUCGAUGGCUGGCUGGCUGACGCUCUUUCAGUCAUGGAUUAGUCUUGUAUUUUUUUAG